AUGGCGUUUCUGAAUUCCGCCGACGAGAUGCCGAGCUUCACGACGCCGCUCGAGCUUGAUGAGGACCGCGAGGCCGCCGUGACGCCGGCGCCGCUGAGCAUGAGCCCCAAUAAGAUCCGCAUGCGCAUUGACGCCGCCAAGGAGCAGGCCAAGGUCGUCAACGCGGUGUACGAGCAAGGCGAGGUGGUCCACUGGAUGAGCGUGCGCAGCCCGGAGCUCGUGGCGUUUGGCCGGCGCCUCGAGCAGCGCGGGUUCACGACGCUGGGCAGCAUCGCGUUUCUGACCGAGGACGACCUGCCGCCGGACGUGAGCGCUGGCCUCAAGCACACGCUGCUCGUGGCGCUCGCCGAGCUUCGCCACGAGCUCUACCGCAUGUAA